AUGUUGCGCAAAAAGUUAAAACUAGACGAAAAAGCAGCGGACACGCGUUCCGGUGAAUUUACGCUUUCCCAGUUUGCAAACGUGCCAAAAGCAAAGAUUAGCACCAAUUCAGUUCCCGCUGAAACGGUGCUCCAGUCGCCUAAAAGUGAAUUUGAAGCGAGGAAGCUAGUCGAAGAUGAAGUUACACCGAACCCGGCAAUGAUUCCCUACUGGCGCCAAGUUUACCUUAUCGAACGAGAGUUAUCGGCAGCACUACGCAAGGUCGUUCUACCGUCGGAUGUUGCCGCCUGCUAUGAUCCGAUCGAGUAUGCUUCGGAAAUACAUUGUGGCUAUCUGCAGCGUUUUCUCGACGGUCCAAAGCCCGUACUGUUUGUCGGCAUGAAUCCGGGACCGUGGGGCAUGUGCCAAACUGGGGUACCAUUCGGAUACGUCCCGGCCGUGAAGGAUUGGAUGGGAUUGCGAGGAUCGGUAACGAAACCGGUACCGGAACUCUCUGCCAGACCCGUGGAAGGUUUAGCGUGUACACGUGAGGAACAGAGCGGAAAGCGUUGGUGGGGAUUGUAUGAAGAACUUUGUGGAACGGCUGACCAAUUCUUCCGUUCCUGCUUCGUGUACAAUCUUUGUCCGUUGGCUUUUUUUCAUCAGACUGGACGUAACAUUACGCCCAGCGAGCUGAAGGGAAAAUCAAAAGGAGAGAUUCAAUCGAUUUCGGAACAGUACCUGGCGAAGGCACUAACUUUACUGAAGCCAAAAAUAGUUGUAUCGGUUGGACGCUAUACAGAGGAUCGCAUAAAAACGCUUACAAAGCAGAACAAAAUUGAUCCGACCAUUGUAACGUACUGUAUGCCUCAUCCGAGCCCGCGCAGCCUAAAUAACACAAAUUGGUGCGAGAAGGCCAAGAUUUGGCUUACGGAACACGGAAUUCUUCCCUACCUCUGUGCGUCGGAAGCAGAAACGGGAAUCAAGAUCUGA